UUUAAAUGAUCGUCAUUGCCAAAGAAGAAUAUUAUGAGGUUUUGUGGCGUUAUUUUUGAUCGUUUGUGAUCACUGCACGUAAGUCAGAAGCCAUAAUCACGACCUUGCCUUGUUAAUCUAAAUGUACGUAGGUAACCCACGUAACCCACAUCCAAAUUACUUAUAUAACUAACUCAAAAACAGAUUCCUAAUGUUUCACCGAAGGAUGAGCUUUUCAUCAAUUGUUUUUCAGUGGAGCAUGGAUGACAUCAAAACCCUCGAGAUUAGUUAUAUAAUUUAUCUAGAAGGUUCUUUAUUAAUCACGAGAAGAUGAGAUUUUCUUCGAUUGCGUUAAUGUUAUCAGGUGUGUUCGCCAUCAAAAGCUAACGGCGAAAACGUAGCUGAAUUAGAAGGAACCUCUUCACUUCAAGGUGAGCUGAAAUAGUCCAGUUUCCUCUCGAUCGAUCGGGAAUUUGCAAAUUUUUCAGAUUUUCGCAGCUUGUCAUUUCUGACACAGUCAAACGUUAUUUAUUAGAUGUUCCCUCAUUCGUUCAGUAGCAUAAUGAUUAUAUAUGUCAGGUAGUUUUACUUGUUAUUUGAUAUGAAUGUUCAAUUCGCCCUCAGGUUUCUUAGUUUCCCUUCCAGUGCAAUGACUUUCAAUGUGAUCCAUUUUUUAAUCGAUCAAAGCCUACGUCGUCCAAAAUUUACACGAUCUAGUUGUUAUUUGCUCAUUAUGUAUUUUUUUAAGUUAUUUCUUUGAAGCGGCACCUGAAGUUUCCUCAAUGGACGAUCUCACGCAAGAACAGCAAGAGAUUUUAGACAAAGUUAGUUGAUAUCUAUACUUAACAAUUUAUAGCUGUAUUCAACAGUCCAGAUAUAAAUGAUCAGCGCAUUUAGAAUAUUUAUUUACAGUAUAGAGGUCUGAGAAGUCGGAGCAUCCCGUAUCCUAUUAAUUUAUGGCCUAAAUAUCCUGUAAACCGUUAACUCUCGUGGUUUGUACUCCCAUGAUUCCAGUGCGAUACUCUGUAAUCUCUAUUCCGAAUAUCCCAUAAUCUGUUUAUUUUUUUCCUCAAGUAUCCUGUAUGCUGUUAAUUUUUCACCCAAAUAUCCUUUAUACCCAUAACCCCUAGUGGGGCCUCAAUAUAGAUAUGUAAGUUGAAGAAAUGAUAAAAAGAAUGAUACUGUAAACCUGAAAGUAAUGCUUCAUAACAGAAUAAAACAAUAAAAUACUGACAGCAGAAAAUUUAACAAAUAGAUUCCCCAUUGCACCAGCAGCAGUAAUAGAUCACUGAUGAUGUCAAAAUGUGGUAAGAACAAAAAUUUGCAUCUGAAGUGCAGCUGAGUGUGUCCUGAUGUUCCCACCAUGUUUUGAGAUCAUUUGGGAUCUAUCACUGUUCAGACCCACAGCAUGGAAUCUAUUUGUUUUAUGUGAUAAAAAAAUGCUUUUGUACUAACAUCAUCUGUGUCUGUUCUCCAAAAGAUCAUGGCAAAGAAUUGAUGCUUGUAUAAUUUAGCUCAUCAAAUAAAAAAAAUUUUGUAAUAGGACAGGACUAAACAGAGAACACACAAAAUGAAACAGCAAUCUUUUCUACUCAUUUACAGAGUGUUAUUCAUGAUACAGUUUCAAGUUGUUGUUGCAUAAGUUAGCUUUCAUUGGCUUUUGAUUGGACACCAUCUGCUUGAAAGAACAUGAGUCAAUUUAAAAUGGACUCAGUUUUGGAAAUGGCAAACAGUUGGAUCACAGGAACCUACUGUAAGGACUAAGAGAAGUUUAAAAUGCAACCACGAACUGCCAUUUAAAUCAUUAGGAUUUGUUAAUAUUUAAUUUUAAGUCAAUAUUAUCUUACCAGAUAAAUUUGUACCUGUCAGAGAAACACUAUAGGAAAUAAUGUUAUCUUUUCCUAGACACAUGUUUUAUAUUACCUUCUGCAAUUGAUAUAGCGAAUCACUUUCUAAUCAUUUUCAUUUUUUAACUAUUUUCCAGUUUCGUGUUUGUGUCAGCGAUAUUUGUCAGCCAAAUCAUGAUGAUCACUUUUUGUUAAGAUGGCUUCGUGGUAGGUGUAGAAUUCUUAAAAAGCUAAAGCUACAUCUACCAAGAGGAUGCAAUCAUUAAAAUAAAUUAAACAAAAAAUAAUUUAACAAAAAUAACAGAGCCAAAAAAAGCCCCCCACUCAAAAAUUUGCUGCGCAGUUCCUGGAGAUGAUCAUUACAAUUCCAUUAUGUUGAGAUUGUGAUAGUUCUUCUCAUAGAAAUAAUGAUAAUGGUGAUGAUGAUUUAUCAAACUUAAUGUGAUAAUUGUUCAGGAAGCAUGCUUCACAAGUUGUUAUCAGACACAACUAUUUUGUAAAAGUUAAAAGGAUCAAGUUAAAAUCUGUAGAAUGUAAAGAAAAGUUUUGGAAACUUUUUCAGAAUAGUCAAAAUACAGUAUCAUUGCAUACUGUGACAUCAAACAAUGCAAGCUUAGAAAAAGGAUUCAUUUUCGAAAUUAUCGUUUGUUUGAUUUAAACUAGUAUUGCAGUUUUCAAGUCAUUCUGCAUCAGUAAGACUUAAUAUACUUGUUUGUCAUUUUUUACUGACAGCAAGAGAUUUCAGUGUAGAAAAAGCAGAAUUCAUGCUGAGAGAGGUGAUGAAUACAUUUUGUUGUAAUUUGCUCUGGAUAUAAUUUUUGUCAAAGAAAGUUGUAUAACAUGUGUAAUGAGUAAGGAACAAAGGAAACUUGUCAGAUGUUCUGCCAACUUUCUAAGCCUUUGACACCUCAGUGUGUUCAGCACCUACUUUUAAUUUCUCUCUCUACAACGUCACCCUGAAUCACACAUUAAGGUCACAGGAGUAAAGGAAAUGAUUGCCAACCAAAGGAGCUUUUGAUUGUAAAACAAAUUCUCCUUGUCAGCACUUAAGGAAAUUUAUGGAACAAAGUAUAGAGAUUAUGCAUACUGAUGUUUGUGUGUGAAGGAUUAAAUCUGAAAAGAACUUAUUGGCAAUCUCAAGGCCAUGAACAAGAUUCUUAUGUGACAAUUGUCUUUCAACUUGCAAUGGUCAGCCCUAUAUUGAAAGUGAUUUGUUUACAGUUAUCUUAAGAAAGGUUGAUGUUUUUUUAAGUGAAAUAAAUUGGUUUGCUUAUAGAUAUCUGCACUUACAUGUAUCUUAAUUCUGAAAAUUGAAAGUUCUCAAAUCGCUUCAAUUUUUUUAAUUAGGACAUUUAACUGUUCAGUGAAAGUGAUAAAAAAUUAUAAUUUAGUGAGGUUAGUAAAUUGACAGGUGCCCUUUUUUCAUCAGAGCAUGAAUGUGCGCAGGGAGAUGAAGCUUGACACUUUGGUGGAAACCUACAAAGUUCCAGAAGUCAGUUAAAUUCAAUUUAAGUACAUUCAGCAAAAUACACUUACUGUCUUUAACAAUUGUUAUGAUAACAUUGGUGAGGAGACACAUAGGCCAAAUGGUCAGUGCACUAGACUUCGGGUUUAGAGGUCUGGGUUCCAGACCUGGCAGGGUCAAUGUGUUGUGUUCAUGGGCAAGACACUAGACUCUCAUGGUGCUUCUCUCUACCCACAGGUAUUAACUCUUUAACUCCCAAGAUCUCACUAGUAAUUCUCCUUACUGUCUGCCAUACAAUUCAUAUGAUGUUAGUUUGGAGAAUUUGGAAUUGGAUCAACUAAUAAUCCCUUAAUUGAUAUUUUCUUUACUCUCAUUACUUGUUUGCUUGAUAUUGUACUGAUAGCGUAAGGAGAAAUUCUCUCCAGAUCACUAGUGGGACUUAAAAGUGUCCUGGCAAAGUAUCAGGGAAGCCUGGUGAAAUGUUGGGGGGGGUAGCCUUGUGAUGAACUGGCAUCCCAUCAAGGGGGAAGUAGUAAUACUCCUAGCUGCUUCAUGUCAAGGAAACCAACAUAAUCUGCAGCUGGGUAGGACAUUUGGCUAACAUUAUUAAAUGACUUCAAUUUUCCAAGAUAGAAAUCAUUAUUCUUGACAGGUAUUGUCAAAAUAUUAUCCAGGAGGGCACUUUGGUUUUGAUAGAGAGGGCACUCCAGUUUUCAUUGAUCCAAUCGGACAAAUUGACUUUAGAGGUAUAUUUUUCUCUUGUUAUUUACUUAGAAUUUUAUUAAAUUUUAUGACUGUAUUCAGUAAUCUGUAUCAGGGUUGAACAAAGAACAAAAAUUAACAAGAUAUUUGGGUACACUGUAUUUUUUCACACUCACACAAUACCAGUUUGGAUAAAAAGUAUUUCUUUUGCUACCAAACUCAACUUUCAGCCUAACAUUAUAGAUACCUAAUUAUCUAAUUAAUAUGUUAUUUCAGGGUUGCUGGCUUCUGUAAAGAAAAAUGAAAUUAUCAGAUUCAAAGCUUACUUAGCUGAAUACACACUGUUCCUAUCCAGGCAACAAUCUUCCAAGGUAUGAAUAGUUUUCUCUUUCUUUUUUCCCAAUAAAAAUCCAAGCAAACUGAACAUACUCAUUAAAAAUCCCUAACUAAACCCAAAAAUGGUUCAUUAUGUCAUCAAAACCUAAUACAGUGAGUCAGAGUAGUUUGAAUUUAAAAGUCUAUCCUCUAGUAUUUAUCAGGUUAAGACUUUUCUGGUGAUCAGCCUGUGUGAAAUGAGGUGGUUGGUAAUUAGUGGAAAUGUUUUGCUGGUGAUUGUGUAAGAACCCUGAUUUUACUCUGUGUCUGUCUCUUAGCUUGGUAAAUGCAUUGAUCAGGUUGUGAUGGUGAUGGACAUGGAGGGACUUGGACUGAAGCAUCUUUGGAGGCCAGGUUUGUGAGCAAAAUUCAGGCAGUAAAUGUAAAAAAAAACAAGUGGGAGAUGUGAUAGCCAAAAAGCCCAACAGCUUCUCCAUAGGUCUAAUACUUAAUGCAAAAAGUCUUGUUUUUUUUUUUUGCUGUGUUCUAUUUUCAAGAUUGUUAUUUAUAGUAUUGAUAGUCAAACAUGAAAAAAUAUCUUUGAUGAAACUACUCUGUAGCCCAGUAGUGAAAAAAUAUUCAAGACAUUCAGCCCUCAUUCAUAUCACAAAUCAGCUGAGGUCAUGUGAGGUGCUUCCUUUUUAAACAUUCCAUAUAGAGAACUUCCUCAUCUCUCUGGAGUUGUUAUUUUCUCUUGAUUUUAUUUUUGCAUUUUCUAAGUUCCUAAUUUUUUACCUUAUUUCAGGUGUCACGCUUUUCAAUAAAGUAAGUAUGAUUUUUGCAUUUUCUUACAUUUUCUUAGUUCUUGAUAUUUUACCUUAUUUCAGGUGUCAUGCUUUUCAAUAAAGUAAGUAUGAUUUUUGCAUUUUCUUACAUUUUCUUAGUUCUUAAUAUUUUACCUUAUUUCAGGUGUGAUGCUUUUCAGCAGAGCUUGAUUAUUGCACUGUUUCUCCUGAAAAAUGUGUUACAAAUGCUAAAAUGGUGUAUUUAACUUUAGAGCUUUAUAUUCGGAGAUUGUGUUGGUGCUGCAGCGUAAACUGUACAAUUUUAUAUUUUCCUAUAUUUUUAAGCUGUGGAACACCAACAAGAAUGGAAAAUUUAUUCUAAAAUAUUUCCCAAAUGUAAAUAAAUGUCUUUAGUAACCCUGAAGUACGACUUUCUUUCACAGAUUACAGCAUUUUAUGAAGAUAACUACCCAGAAAUGAUGAAGAAUAUUCUUGUCAUUAAUGGUAAGUUUCUUCACCUCUCUUGUUGUGAAUUUUAUGUAAAACAGAGAUUCUUUAUAGUUCUGCUCUUCAACUAUUCAACCAGCCUUUACAAUUGCCAAUUUCUUGUUGAAAACUUCAUUCAAGAGGUCAAACCUGAGAUUUAGUUCUCUGGUGAAACUUCGUAAGAUUGCUUAUUCAAAUUAGAAAAACCACUCCAGGUUUGUGCUACACUGUUAGUAAUUAAGUAAAUUUUCUAGCAGUUAAAAGGAUUUGUUCAUUUUAUUUCAGCACCUAGGAUAUUCCCAAUAGCAUAUGCUUUAGUAAAACCAUUUCUUAAUGAAGUGACAAGAAACAAAGUAAAAAUACUGGGAGGUAUGAAGUUUCAACAUUUGUUUGUUUAAAAUAUGGGGAAAGGCAUAGCUAUUUUGUAUAAGCACAAGGGACAUGUUUAGUAGCCAACAUAGAGUUCUUUGGAUAGUAUGUCUUCCUCUCCAGUCAGGCUGUUAGAGGUUAUUCUUAAGAUAUUUUUUAGGGAUUACUACCAAAUUGUGGCUCACCUUGUGGGACAGCUUGUUUUUGUUUAUCUGCCUUCCCCUGUGUUCAUCAGUCUGUCUGUCUACCUGCAUCUAUUAUUUCUGGCUAUUUCUCUGUUUGUCUGCAAGUGCCUUUCUGACCCUGGCAGACUCCAACCAACCAUUUUCAGAGCAGAUUCUAAUAAUAAUUGUGAUAAAAUUUUUAGUAGAUUGGAAAACUGAGCUUCUGGAGUAUAUUGAUGAAGACAAUCUGCCAGAAUAUUAUGGAGGCACCUGCAAAGAUCCUGAUGGAGAUCCAUUGUGCAGAUCAAAGGUAGGUUCCAAAAGUUUCCAAUCUUAAAACCUGCAAGGGUUCCCAUCUGCAGAGUCUAAAUUAUUCUUUUCACAAAAGUUGUCAGUUUGUACUUCAGGUUGUCAGAGUUUAUUUUAGCUCAGCCCCCCUUAAAUAUGAGAGUUGUAUCAUGCAGCUUACUGAGGUCACAGUUUCUACAAACUGAGUUAGUUUUUCUUCUUUAAAAUUUUAAAAGCUAUUUUAUAGAGAUCAACUUUAGUGUUUCUGUUAACUAACUCUUAAUUUGCUUGUUUCUAGAUAUGUUAUGGUGGUGACGUACCAGAAUCUUAUUACUGUAAAGAUUGUGACAAACCUGAUACCUGGACAGAUGAACAGAUGUAUGAAGUUGGAUAUGUCAAGCGAGGAACUGCUCUGAAACUAAGCUUUGAAGUUGAUGCACCAGGCAGUAUUCUAAGGUAUGCUUCUCAUGGAUACUUAAAAUAAUUUCUCACUUAUAUGAUUGUUAAUUGAAUCUUUCUGCCAAGUUGAGUAAGGUAAAUUCAUCAACAUCCUUCUCUUCUUGAUACAUUUGUUGUUCUUCUAAUGUAUGAUAUUUUCAAAAAUACUCAUUGAUAUGCAUGGUGUACAUUUGAAGGCAUCAUAGCACCGCAAGAUCCUCCAUCCCUUCCCACCCACCUAACUCCCCCCCCCCCUUGCACAUUUCAGAAAGUUAGAUUCUCUGAACUAGAAUAUAACUUUAGAAUAGAAAUCUUGUUUGUUCUUUAUUUCAGUGUGUACCAAACGGCCUAUUUUAUUUAAAUGUGUAAAGUGCAAGGGAAUGAAUAGUGUUAUCCUUAACAGUCAAGCACUAGCCACAUGCACCUUUCAAGUACCUAUUUUAAUCCCUGCCCUCUUGUCAUAUAAAUAAAGGGGGUAAGUUUCUAAAGAAACUGUGGUGCUGUGUCGGUGGGAAAGUAUAGCAGGUAAUUUAGUGUUGACAACUGAGUUGAAAACGUAAAUUGGCUAUCGUAAAGGGUAAAAAAGCUGACGUUUCGAGUGCUAGCCCUUCGUCAGAGCGAUAACACAGUAUCAAUCCCUAGGGGAACUCAUCUCUCAAGGAAUAAUGAGGGAACAUAUCAUAUGGAGGGAUCUACUUCAUGGGAGGAACCCGAGGGAUCAUUUGUCUCGAGGUGCCCCCUUCCCCCCCUUUGCGGGUUUCCCAUUUUCCCCAUCUUUGGCACGCGGUAUUUACGAAAAAAGAAACUUUAGGUUCACAGUUUUGUUAAUGUUGUGUGUCUUGUAGUUGGCAGUACAAGUCUGUGGACCAUGACAUUGGAUUUGGUGUCUUCUAUUCAGAAAAAGGCAGUAAACAUUCCAAAGAUUUGGAAGAAAAGGUGAGAAUUUACUGUGAAUCUUUUUUUUUUGGUUCAUUUAACUCAACCAAGCCGUCGCAAGGAGCCACAAAACGAAAUUUUGUAGAGGAUAAAUGCAGAUUAUAGUUGAUUGUAUUGAACGAUGCAUUAAGGUGUUAGUUUUUUAAAAUAUACCUACUGUUACAUGGAUGAUUGGAGCACCCAACAGAUGCUCGAGGACGAUGUCCCAUGAUGGAUAUAAGGAAAGGCCAUCAGAAAAAUUAAAUCCUUUAAUACACAAAGAAUCAAAGAGUUUGGCAAACGAUACGUCUCUCGGAUAAGGAUGUUAAGCCGUAGGCCCUGUCUCCUGCAUCGUUAAAAGAACCAUGCACUUUUUGCUACGAGUGGGGAACGUAGCACCCGGUGUUGUGGUAAUGUUUGUACAUCUCAAAGAUCCAUAAGUAUUUUCUAUAUACUGGGGGGGGGGGCAAUAAACGAAGGAAAACAAAGUCUCCCGAUGAAGAGAGGGAAGGAGUGUAAAAAUUUCUUUUGUGGUACCUCGCUACUGUAUUACUAGUACUCUACCCAAUGAAUAUGCCGUAUCCUCCCAACAAAUUAUGUUAGCUGCCUUAUAGGAGGAAUAGAAGAUUAAAAAAAUUUUUAUUUCUUCAGAUUCCAACAGAAAGACGGAACUGUCACUUGGUUCAAGAGGAAGGUUCUCUUCUCUGUGAGAAACCAGGCAUUUGUAAGUGCUUUAGGCAAUGAGACCAAAAACUUUAUCAAGUACGAGCAGUUUUCCUACUUUUUCGGCGCGCUAAAUCAAAUUUUUUCCGCUGAAUUUUUUUCUGACUCGCCCAACGUACUUCGCUGAAAAGGAAGGACUACUUGUAGUCUAAACAUUUCAGGCAUUCCUUUUUGUAUCACUUCGAGUACUUAUUGGUAGGAGUGCAUUCCUUCUAUGUGUCGUUAAACCAAAGCAAUCACAAUAGUGAAUCAGAACAAUCGGAAUAUAUCUCAACGAGUCGUUGAGAACUCAAAAUAUAAACAAAGGAACUUCCUAAAGUGCGGCAAACUGUGAGAGACCGAGUUGCAAUUUGUUUAAUUUUGCUUUGAUUCAUUUAGAGUGUGGCGCACAGUAAAGAAAAACCUAAGGAAACCCAUUGGUAAAAACUCCCCCCACCCUCCCAACCAUUAAGCCAGCGCCAAUCAAGACUUGGUCGUCCGCGUUUUCCCGCGCUUUACGCGGUUUGCUUUUUUUUUCUCCACGAGUUUUCGUUGUAUUGGUUCCUCAGGGUAUUUUAUCCAAAUUACUUUCAUUUUGGUCUAAUGACAGUUAAUCAAAAAGUGCAUAAAAGCUAAACCAACGCAAUCCUACUUUUCUAAAAUGUGUUAAAGACACUAAAGCCUUUCUCUUCUUUAGAAGAAUUUGAUGACAAAGAAAAUUGAAACUUUCUCAAGUGACAUGGUCGCCCAUAUCUGUUUUAUUUUUUUGUGCAGAACCAUUCCUGUUGCUUCUUCAACCAAGGUUAAUCAUUUGAAUUCUCUUUCAGAUAUUCUUCGUUUUGAUAAUUCAUACAGUUGGACACGAAACAAAAAGAUUUUCUACAAUGUGACAAUUGUCUAUCCGUUGAAAGAUUCAAACGGACAUGUGGAUGUAUCUUGAUUAACUCAGAAUUCCAAGAUUUAUCAUAAAACAUUGUAAAUCAGCAGUUUGUGGAAACAUUUUACGGACUGAAGUUAAACGGGCCGUGAAGAGUUGCUCAGUUUAUCGCUUUUACUCAAAGCUGUGAGACUCAGCAGAUAAAUACCACAGCUAUUUAUAUACUUUUUACAUUUUCCUUGGUUUAUGGUAUAGAAAAUGUUGUCGUUCAUCGUAAUUUUGUAGAUAAAUGAACGCUUAAUCGUUCGUCUCGUAAUGUAGAGUAAAACGUUGAUAUAUUUCCUAGGUUCAUCUAUACAUGUAAAUAUUUAUUUAUUGAAUUAUUUGUUUGUUUCUCUACUUAUCUAUUUAUUUAAAUACCCUACCAAUCGCUCCAUACUGGAUCAAAACUACGAAAGAAAAUUAAUGCUGACAUGAUUACCAUUUACGAAAUUUUAAACGAUCGGAAAAGUUCAACAAGAAUUCAUGCAUAUGAUCAAUUUUGAAAUUUUGGCAAAGAGGCAACAUCCAAUUUCCCGUAUUUGCGAACAUAGCCGGCCAAGUUGUGAUUCUGACAGCAUUAAAAAAUUUCGAGUAGCUCAUAUACCUUGUACCAUUGGUGCGUGAUAUUUUCGUUUAUUUAAUUGUAGAAAAGGAUAACAAAUUUACAAAUGUGUAGUAUCGAGCAACUGUAUCAGUUGUUUAUAUUAUUUAUCUAUUUAUUUAAGAAAUUUUUACCUUCUUUGAAUCAUAGAUUGUAGUGUAACUUUUAGAAAGUUAACUUUUAAUAAAAGUAGCUUUAAAAGUGAAUUUGAUGAGGCGGGC